UCCUCGCGGGGGUGAAAGGAGGGAGGGGGGGGAAACAGUCAGCUGAGCCUGCCUGUCCAAAGCGCAAGGCUUUUCUUCCUCUCCUUCUUCUCCUUCUCCUUCUUCUUCUUCUUCGCGUUAUCCUUUCCAGCAAAGCCAGAGGGGGACACACACACACACACACAGACAAAAGAAAGAAAGAAAGAAAAAGAAAGAAAGAAAGAAAGAAAGAAAGAAAGAAAGAAAGAAAGAAGGGAAAGGAAAAAAAAAAGAAAGAAAAGAAAGAAAGGAGGGCUUUCCCCUCUCCCAAGCCUCCACCAACCCAAAAUAGAGAGGAGCCACCAGAGACGUUAUGGCACCCGCUGGCUUGAAAGCCGUGGUGGGAGAAAAGAUUAUGGCUGAUGUCAUAAAGAAAGUAAAAAAGAAGGGAGAAUGGAAGGUGCUUGUGGUGGAUCAGCUGAGCAUGCGUAUGCUGUCCUCCUGCUGCAAAAUGACAGAUAUCAUGACGGAGGGGAUAACAAUUGUAGAAGAUAUUAACAAGCGUCGAGAGCCGCUGCCUAGCCUGGAGGCUGUGUAUCUCAUCACUCCAUCCGAAAAGUCGGUGGAGUCUCUCAUUGCUGACUUCAAGGAACCGCCAAAUGCCAAAUAUCGAGCUGCGCAUGUCUUCUUCACAGACUCUUGCCCAGAUUCCUUAUUCAAUGAACUGGUCAAAUCCCGGGCAGCAAAAGUCAUCAAGACCCUGACGGAGAUCAACAUUGCUUUCCUGCCCUAUGAGUCCCAGGUUUACUCCCUGGAUUCAGGGGACUCCUUCCAGAGCUUUUACAGCCCUCACAAAGCUCAAAUGAAGAAUCCAAUUCUGGAACGCUUGGCCGAACAGAUCGCGACACUUUGUGCCACGCUGAAGGAAUACCCGGCUGUGCGAUACAGGGGGGAUUACAAGGACAAUGCUAUGCUGUCUCAGCUGAUCCAGGACAAAUUGGAUGCAUACAAAGCAGAUGACCCAACCAUGGGAGAGGGUCCAGACAAAGCUCGUUCCCAACUUAUCAUUCUAGACCGUGGCUUUGACCCCAGUUCGCCAGUCUUGCAUGAGCUCACCUUCCAAGCCAUGAGCUACGACUUGCUACCCAUUGAAAAUGAUGUCUACAAGUAUGACACAAGUGGAAUCGGGGAGGCCCGAGUCAAAGAAGUCCUGCUGGAUGAAGAUGAUGACCUCUGGGUCACUCUGCGCCACAAACACAUCGCUGAGGUGUCCCAAGAAGUCACCCGAUCCCUGAAGGAUUUUUCUUCCAGCAAAAGGAUGAAUACCGGUGACAAGACCACCCUGAGGGACCUUUCGCAGAUGCUGAAAAAGAUGCCCCAAUAUCAGAAAGAACUCAGCAAGUAUUCCACUCAUCUCCACCUGGCUGAAGACUGCAUGAAGCACUACCAAGGCACGGUCGACAAACUCUGCAGAGUUGAGCAGGAUCUGGCCAUGGGCACCGAUGCAGAAGGGGAGAAGAUCAAGGAUCCCAUGCGCGCAAUUGUCCCAAUCCUGCUUGAUGCCAACGUCAGCACCUAUGACAAGAUCCGGAUCAUUUUACUCUACAUCUUUCUCAAGAACGGGAUCACCGAGGAAAACCUGAACAAACUGAUCCAGCAUGCACAGAUCCCUCCUGAGGACAGCGAGAUCAUCACCAAUAUGGCCCACCUUGGGGUGCCCAUCGUCACAGAUUCCACCUUACGUCGUAGAAGCAAGCCAGAGCGGAAGGAGCGUAUCAGUGAGCAGACUUACCAGCUCUCCCGAUGGACUCCAGUAGUUAAAGACAUUAUGGAGGAUGCUCUAGAGGAUAAACUGGACACCAAGCAUUACCCGUAUAUCUCCACUCGCUCAGCUGCUUCCUUUAGCAGUACAGGUGCUGUCAGUGCCCGCUACGGACACUGGCACAAGAACAAGGCUCCCGGAGAAUACCGAAGUGGUCCUCGCCUCAUUGUUUUCAUCCUGGGCGGGGUUGCUCUGAGCGAGAUGCGCUGCGCCUACGAGGUGACGCAAGCCAGCGGAAAGUGGGAGGUGUUGAUAGGUUCUACUCACAUUCUUACUCCCACCAAAUUUCUCAUGGAUCUGAGACACCCCGACUUCAGAGAUUCUACUAGGGUCUCUUUUGAGGAACAGGCUCCAACAAUGGAAUGAGAGCCAAAGAGAACUAAAAAAAGUUCCACACAUAUCCUCACCCCACAGAAAUUGCUGGACACGCUGAAGAAACUGACCAAAACGGACGAAGAAAGCAGCAGUUAAACACGCAUCGUCUUCAUUUUUUCCUCUUCUCUCUCUCUCUCUCUCUCUCGUUGACCUGCUCCCCGAACAUCAACUGAAGCGUUGAAAAGCUGGCCUCGCGGUUGACUUCUGGGCCUCCUUUCCAACAUGGCCUCUUCUUGAGUUUAAACGCAAGACUUCCCUGAAUCAUCCCUCAUGAUUCCUUCCUCCUAUGAAGCCAAGCUAAAUAGGAAACAAAAUAAUAAUAAUAAUAAUAAUAAUAUAUGCACCGUGUCUAAAGGACGAGUGGGGAAAGAUAAAAGAGUAAUAUAUUCUAUACUAUAGAUGUGAUCUCUGUAUGUACCCAAGAAAAUAAAAUUUGUCAGGUUCAAACUGCCCAUGUUGGAAAAUCCCACCGCUUCAUCAUUGGAGAGAUAAGACAACGGUGAUUAUAUUUUCAAUACUGUCUUUUGGUUCUUCCCCCCCCCUUAUUUCAUUUUCCCCCCUGCUUGGAUGGACGAAUGCUUGUGACUUAUUUAUGGCUCUGUAAUCCUGUACUUAACCCCCCCACCCCAGAUGCAAACUGUGAAUAUUGUCUCCUAGGCGUCGCAAUUUGCUUGCAUUUUUGGAAAUAACUGUACUAACUUCUCUCCUUUCCCCUUCUCACAUUGCUGUCGUUGGGGUUGUCGUCUUGAUUAUGUAUUUCUUCUACUUGGUUUUGUUCUGUUUUUUUUUUUUUUUUUAGUUCCUUGAUAUAUGCAGCCAGGCUGGCUUUUGAGAGAUAAAUGAUAUAUCUAUAUCUAUAUCUAUAUAUACAUAUAUUUUCUGGAUGUAACUUGGUUGUUUCUCCUCCCUCCUCUUCUCUUUUGGGAGUAUGUCAUACCUGAUCUGACUCAUGUUUUCCCACCAAAGCAUGACAUAACUUGCUUUCUCACAGCCUGUCCAACAAAUGAAGAUUGUUUUUUUCCCCUAUCUCAAGUCUCCUGAUGGCUUUAAAUUUUGCCCAGGCAUGCUGGCCAGUAAAUAUCUGUGGAACCUCGUGGUAGUAUUUUGGUGCAAAGAAAUUUAAAAAUAAUAAUAAUAAUAGAGACAUAAUUUGCUUCUGGAAACCAUUUGUCCUUGGUUGGCGAGAUUUCUAGCCCAUUUAGGAGACCGAGAAUAUUUUUUUUUUCUUCCUCAUUGCCUUUGAGCUCAUCCUACCACUUCCUGCAAGGAGGGAUAAGUUGAGAAAGAGAGAAUCUGUGCCCUAAAUCUUGCAAGUCACCCGCUUAGUUUUAAGAAGAGCCUUCCCAAUAUGGUUCAAAUCUGCUCUAUGUCUUUUGGAGUUGUCCGAAAGAUUGCUUUUUCAAAAGGCAAGUGGACUUUUGUUUUUUUCUUGGAAGAGGUUUCGCUUCUUGUCCCAGAAGCUUCUUCAGUUCUAACUGAACUGUCUGAAGACUGAACUCUCUUCAGUCAGAAGUGAAGAAGCUUCUGGGAUGAGAAGUGAAACCUCCUCAAGGAAAAAAAACGAAGUCCAGUUGCCUUUUGAAAAAGCAUCUUUGGGACAACCAUGACCUGGAUGAUUGAGAAUCUCCAUAGAUGACUUUUGGGGCUUCCCCAAAAGUUUGUUUCUUCCAACUUGUUUUUGUUCUCCAGCUUCCUUCGGUGAGUUUAGAGAAGGACUCUUCUACCAUCUCCUAAGCUUUAUUUUAUUAGGUUUUUUGGUUUCAUGUUGGUUGGCUGAACCCAAGAAGAACUUUGAGUCUUCAGGGCUGAUCUUGUUCUGCCUGAGAAGGUAGGGAUGGGCUCCCAGCUGUAGUAGUCUCCAUAUUUGAGCAAGCUAGUGUGAUGUCCCGCUUCCUGAGGUCUUGAUGCAGUUUUCGGAGAAAAGGAGGAGAUAUUCUGUUUUCUCUGUUGAGGAAACUCAACUGCAGCUUGGAAGACGAAGUUACCGAUCCUGCCAUGUUCACCUCUGCUUAACAGUUUUUUUGGUAAUUUUCUUUUUUUCAAGCAUGGGUCAAAAAACGUGUCUGUCCACCUAUCUAUCACUUUAGCUAUCGUCUAUCUGUCUCUAUCCAUUUCAAUAUCCCUUAUUACGACCCUGUAAUUCCUUUACCCAUUCAGGGUAGAGUGGAGGUAAAUUGGGGGCAUCUGAGUAUUUACUGGAGAUCAAUAGAUCUGUAUCCAUCCAUCUCUGGAUCUAUCUCUCACUUACUCUAGCUACCUAGUUGUCUUCCAUCAACUCUUUUUCAUUCAUUUUAUCCUAUAUAUAUCUAUCAUCUAUCCUUUAUCUCUGCAUCAAUUCCAUCUGUUAUCUGCCUGUCUACAUCUAUCUAUCUAUCUAUCUAUCUAUCUAUCUAUCUAUCUAUCUAUCUAUCUCUGUCUGUCUGUCUAUCUCUCUCUCUAUCUGUUAUAUAUCACUCUUUCUCUCUCCAUCCCUUAUCAUCUGCCUGUCUGUCACCUAUUUGUCUGUCUGUCUGUCUGUCCGUCUUAUCUGUAUCUAUCUUGCCCCCUUCCUCUUAAACUCCCCCAUUGCAGGGCAUUCUCUUCUCUUCCCAGCAGAGGGACGAAGGAGAAAAAAUAUCUCCUAUUAUUGAGGUAACAAGUAACAGAGUUGGAAGGGACCUUGGAGGUCAUCUAAUCCAACCCCCUGCUCAGGCAGGAGACCUGUACUAGGGAUUCGAACCGCUGAACUGCCGACCUUUCUGAUCGACAAGCUCAGGGUCUUAGCCACUGAGCCAGGUUUGCUUCCAGCUUUGCGUCUAGCAAUACUCCCUUGCUCUUCAUAUUCUGUCGUCUUAAGGAUGAAAGUCGAUUUUGAACUACGUAUAUUUUGCACGGCAAACUAUUCAGACUCUCCCUUUCUCAAUCUCGCCUUGCAUAAAUCUUCUUUUAUAAAUAUAUAUAUAUAUAUAUAUAUGCACACACCAUGGUGAUUCUAGAGAAUGUCUUUCUUUUCCUGUUUGUUUGCUUUAGUGAUUUUUUUUUUUUUUGUUAUUUAUAUUCCAAUGAUUUAUGAUCGAAAGGGAAGGGGGGAGGCGGGGAAAAAAACGCCACGUUCAACACUGAAAGGGUUAACUGGACGCUGUCUUGAGACGCUGUUUUGAGUUCUUGAGAUGUCGAUGUUGAAGCACAACGAUGUGUUCUUUCUGUAUCGCUGUUCUGUAUUUUAAAAGCGCUCGAGAAUUAAUAAAACUUUGCUGUCCUGUCCAAAGAA